CAAGAAAGAAGAGAAUGGAUAUGUAGUGUGUAUAGCUGGUGCAAGAAAUGAAGAACGAAAUUGCCUAGCAAGCCUGGAAAACUUCCUAGAAGCAAAUAAAUCACGAAACACCAUUAUUACAACGCUGCCUCACAGUUGCCGAGUACUACAGAAGAAUGGAAACGAUGUUCGGAGGAAUUUGAUAAAACAUGGAACUUCCCUCAUUGCCUGGCUGCUAUGGACGGUAAACACGUAAUGUUACAGGCACCAAUAAACACCGGCAGCGAGUACUAUAACUACAAGAACUUUUUUAGCAUUGUGUUGUUUGCUCUAGUGGCUGCAAACUACCAUUUAUUGUAUGCUGAUGUGGGUUCACAGGGUCGUAUAUCUGAUUGUGGAAUAUUCAAAAACAGUAAAUUGUGGAAGAAAUUGCAAGACAACUCCCUUAUCAUACCUCGACCCAAACCACUUCCUGGACGUGAACGGAUGACACCAUAUGUUAUAUUGGCCGACAUAGCAUUUGCUUUGCACGAGAAUGUGAUGAAACCUUACGCAGGCGUCUAUGAGAAAGGUACAAAAGAGAAAACAUUCAACUAUCGACUUUCAAGAGUCCGUCAAGUUGUCGAAAAUUGUUUUGGAAUCCUAACAUCCGUUUUUAGAGUCUUGAGGAAACCAAUGCUUCUGGGCCCAGAAAAAGCCAGUGUUAUUGUUCUGACAACUAUUUUCUUGCGUAAUUAUUUGAGAUAGAGCAAGAAAUCUUCCAGUUUGUACGCUCCAGACGGCACAGUGGACAGAGAGCUACCAGAUGGUACUUCGGUGGAAGGAACAUGGAGACGGAAAGCACAACCAAUAUCAUUAUACAAUUUAAAGGCAGUGCCAAGGAAAAGUUUGUCAAAUGCCCGAGUUGUUCGCGAAGAGAUGGCCGACUAUUUUGUCGAAAAUGGACGUAGAUCUUGUCAAGAUGAGGCAGCAUGAAUGCAUAUACGUGCUUAUUAUCACUACGCCGUUGUCAAGAUCACAUUUUGGCCUAAGUAAAUAGUGUGUUAAAGCGCUAAUAGAAUCUGACUAUAUUAUAGAUAAUUGUUAUAUUACAUGUACUUACAUUUUCUGUGUUUAUGGUACCAGUGGGAGUGUCUCGUUCCUUUAGGAAUUCAAAUAAUGGUCUAGCAAACCAGUUACUACUGUAAGUGUCUGCCAGCCCUGAAAUAAUAGAGCGAUGUUAUAAUAAAUGUAAAU